AUGGGGGCGAACAGCGACUGCCUCUACCGCGCCACGGAGGACCACGAGGUGCAGGAGGGCGCAGUGACGACCGCGUACGGCAAGUGGGUCUCGGCGGUGGAGUCAGCCACGUUGGCCGCGCCCAAGACGGCGAACAAGGACGGGAAGCGGCGGCAGACCUGCGCGAAGGAGCCCCAGGCGGAGGCGCACCACUUGCAAGACAUGGGCCGGGGCGAAGUCUUUGGCGCGAGGAUCGCGAAGUCGGAGAAGGAGGAUUACUACCUGCAGCUGGACGCGAUGGAGAACAGCACGGUGGACAAGCUCAAGGACUUCUUCAACGCGGCGGGGCGCCACGACACGGUCGCCCAAGCGCGUGGCCUCACCGCGCAACGCCAGCAGUUUACGCCAUGGGCGAUGCAGAUGCGGUCAUCAAAACCAGGCGCACUGCCCAGACAUGUAAAGGACAAGGCGGAGACGCGGUUCGAGCUGGCGAUCAACUUAGAGAG